AUGGUUUUUACAAAUCUGUUUCUUUCUGCAUCCGUUUCACUCUGUGAUCAGUAUUGGCUUCCAACGGAUCGACAUCGUCCUCAGUCGCCCUCAAAAGAUCUAUUACACCAGAUUUCAAGAGACGUUCGCUUCGAUCUGCAGCAGCCAACGAGUGCUCUAGCCUAUCCGCUUCCGGAGAACUUGCCGUGCAGCUUCGAGGGCCGAUACGGACGAGUACGGUACUCGAUUAGGGCAUUGUUGGACGUAACGACCAUUUAUCGGUUUUCCACCAAUAUUAUUCCAUUCACGGUGGCUCCCAUUCUUGACCUUAAUCGAGAUCCUCUCGCCUCCCGUGAGUAG